UUCCGUUAUUAUCGCUUUUGAAGGGAUUGGGAUGCAAAGCGAAUCAGUUUGUCACUCAUGCCUUGUUCACUGUAAGCUGCACAGUUCAGUUGAAAACGACGAAGUUAGUCUUGUUACAAUCCCUCUACCACAAAUUGAAGAAGGAGAUUCUCAAAGUACCAUGGCUUCUACCAGCGAAGAAACCGAUCAGGUGUUGGUGGAAGAGAAGCCGUCUGCGAGAAUUAUCACGCUCAACAGGCCUAAGCAGCUCAAUGCACUUUCGGCUGCAAUGGUGUCUCGUUUGUUGGAUAUCUUUCUUGCUUGUGCAGAAGAUUCUUCUAUCAAAUUAAUAAUUUUAAAGGGAAAUGGAAGAGCAUUUUCAGCUGGAGCUGAUGUUGCAGCAGUUGCUCGUAAUAUUAAUCAAGGUAAUUGGAAGUCAGGCGCAGAUUAUUUUGCAAAAGAAUUUACAAUGAACUAUGUGAUGGCUACAUAUAAUAAGCCCCAGGUUUCAUUUCUUAAUGGAAUUGUCAUGGGAGGAGGCGCAGGUGCGUCUGUACAUGGUAAAUUCCGCAUUGCUACGGAGAAUACGAUUUUUGCUAUGCCUGAAACAGCGCUGGGUUUUUUCCCAGAUAUAGGUUCUUCCUACUUUUUGUCAAGACUCCCUGGAUUCUUUGGAGAAUAUCUUGGCCUCACAGGUGUAAGGUUGGAUGGCGCUGAAAUGUUUAAAUGUGGUUUAGCUACUCAUUUUGUUCAAUCAGAGAGAUUGACAUCGUUAGAAGAAGCACUUGUUAAAGCAGAUUCCAGCAAUCCAGUUGUUAUCUCUUCUGUCAUUGGUGAAUUCUCACAGAUUCCAAAUCUAAAAGAUAAUAGCGCUUACCACAAGAUGGACAUCAUUAAUAAAUGCUUUUCUCGAGGAACGAUUGAAGAGAUUAUAGCAGCUCUCGAGGAAGAGGAAGCUGCUCACAAGGAUGAUGAUUGGAUCUCUUCCACAAUUCAGUCACUGAAGAAAGCAUCCCCUACAAGCCUUAAAAUUUCUCUUAGAUCGAUUAGAGAAGGGAGGCAAGAGGGCAUUGAUAAAUGCCUUGUCCGAGAAUUCAGAAUGGUUUGUCAUGUGAUGUGUGGGGAUGUUAGCAAGGAUUUUGUCGAGGGUUGCAGAGCUAUACUGUUGGACAAAGAUAAAAAUCCAAAGUGGGAGCCUUCCAAGAUAGAGUCAGUUAGUGAUGAAAUGGUUGACCGCUACUUCUCCAAAGUAAAUCAUGAUGACUGGGAGGAUCUGAAGCUCCCCCAGAGGUCAAAUUUGCCUUCAUAAGUUCAAAUUUAAAUUUUGUAGUCGAUGGCUUAUAUGUAGCUAUGAAAUCAUGUAACUUUGGUUCAGAACUCGAGUUUAGAUGUUCCCGAAUAAUGUCAUGACAUAAUGCAUACAACAAAAAUAUGCAGUGAUUUACGAGAUAUUAAUCAGUACAUAAUGUACCUCAGAUGUUUACAUUGCGCUCAUUUCACCCAGUCAUGUGCUGGGACAAGUACAUGACGACCUGUGGAAUUAUGAACUCUUUUAUCAAUGAAAGUAUGCUGCUUGAUCA